UUAACGCUCAAAGUAUAACGGUUUUUCAAAAAACCAAACGUAUACCAAACUAUAUGAGUUUUGAAAAUUUUACGAAAAUGUCUGGAAUCGCUGUUAACAUUUUGCCAGAACAACCUGAAACUUGGUCAUCUUUGGAUGUUACUCAAUGGUUAAUAAAUUGUAACUUAGAAUCAUGUGUUGACAAAUUCAAAGAGGAAGAUAUAGAUGGUACAGUUUUGCUGGACAUAGAUGACUAUACAUUAAAGGAGCUUAUUCCCAUUAUUAAAUUAAGAAUAACAUUUAAAAAAGAAGUAAGUAUUCUUAAAAGUUUAUGUACUGAAGUAAGUUGUUCUGGAUCGCUAAUUUUGAGUCAGUCCUCGUAAUCUGUAGUUGAUUUUAACCUUCCAAUUUUAAAUUCAACUUCAAGUGGCAAAGAACUCAUAUUGCCAAAUUUUCUGAUGAAUGCAAUUUCCAGCAAAGAAUUAAACUUCGAUGUUCCUG